ACUAGUUUUACCAGAGAAUAUUCUGUAUUUUACUGUAAAAUUUUUAUCCAUAGUUUAUUUUUACCUAUGAAUUUACCACCAUCCAUAAAUCCAAAAUAUCCUUAAUUCGAAAAAAUAUUGUAAAGUUAAAUAAGUACUAAGUAGUAGGUGCUCAAUAAUAAUAUUAAUUAUUUAUUAUUCAAAUUAUUAUUUGUAACAUUUUUUCAUAUUUUCAUUUAUUUAAUAUUAAUGUCACAGAUUAUUAAAUAUAUUUGGAAUUAAGUGUUCAAUUUAUGUUUGUUUUUAUACUUGCAUAGGUGUAGUAAUUUUAAACAUCUUACCAGAUUUUUCAUUAUGUCGUUAAACUUGCAGUCACACACUAUUAGCCAAAGAAAAAGUUUAAAGUUAAAAGGUACUAAAACGUCAGUUACAAAAAAUCAAAUUUUAAUUUCUUCUGGUAUAGUAUCGCUGGAUGCAGUUUUGGAUGGAGGUAUUCCAAUAGGAACUGUGGCUCUUGUGGAAGAAGAAAAUUAUGGCCGAAAUGCAGAUUUGAUUACAAAACAUUUUAUAGCUGAAGGAGUUGUGAGUGAUCAUUCUAUUUUAAUUGCUGAUGUCGAAAGGAAACCUGAAGCAACUGCAAAUGACUUACCAAAACCAAUUCAAGAAGAUAGUUUUCAACAAACCGAUAUUGUUGCUGAGGAUUUUAAAAUAGCUUGGCGCUAUAGUCAAAAUCCAAUAUACGACUCUAAACCAUAUCACACAUCCAUAUCUUUUGGACAUACAUUUGAUAUGUCAGCUAAAAUUCCUGUUAAUGAAUUACAAAAUAUUAGAUAUUGGCCAACCGAUAAAUCACAAGGUACUAGUUACUCUGAGCUAUUAGAACACAUAAACACAAUAAUAACGAAAGGCGGUUUUAGUACAAAAAUUCCUGUUGAAAAAAGAAAUGUAUUAAGAAUAACAAUUAGUAAUUUGUUUUCACCAAUUUGGGAUUCUAAUGAUAUGAAUGUUGUUACAUUUUUAUACAAGCUUCGAAUUCUUGUGCGUUCUUCAUAUGCUACUUGUCUUAUAACAACUCAAGCUCAUGUCAUUGAUGAUGUGACUAAAUGUCGGAUUGAACAUUUUGUGGAUUCAGUAUUAAUUUUUAAACCAAUGGAAUUAAGUUCAUGUGCGGAUUAUAAUGGAAAGCUUAUCAUUGGUAAAUUAGCAUCAUUUAACACGUUUUUAUACGAACCUCUAUCUGUAGAUUGGGCUACAAAACUCACAAGAAAAAAAUUAUGCAUUGAGAAAUUACAUCUUCCACCAUGCUUAAACACCGAGGAUAAUAAUGAAAACAUUCACACUAAGCAAUUGUCAUGCGCUUCAACAACUUCUGUAUUAAGUUUUUAGUUUGUUUUAACCAGUCAAAAUUAGCGACACAGUUAUUGAAGAGGUUUUGACCAACGAUGACGAACAACAGUACUUGGAUCAUAUAAAAAAUAUAUUAGAAAAAGGACACAAAAAAAUGGACCGAACUAGAGUCGGCACACUUUCGUUGUUUGGAGCUCAAAUGCG